UUUUACGAAACUUCGUUGAGACACAUGGGUCCACUCCCUUGUCUCCUUAAACUUAAAGUAACCCAACACAAAAUUUUCUUGAAUUCUAACCCCCUUUUUAUCUUUUCUGGUUUUUCAUCUGAUCUUAUCUUAGCUUGAACCAAAAAAAAACAAGAAGUUAUUGGAAAUUUUUUUUGGUUGUCCUUGACUGAGGUGAAUUCUAUACCAUUUGAUUAAGUUGUGAUAACGAGUUGAAGGUUAUUGUUGCAAAAUUUGCCAGUUAUGUUGACUUAAUGUGAAAGCUGGUUGAAUUUUCAUUUGGGUAAGUUGUGAUCAAGCUCUUGAAUAUUUGCAUGUUGUAUUCUUGAGAAAAAGGAUAGUACAAUUUAUACGGUGAAAUUGCAGUUUAGUUAAAGGGAGGAUUUGAGUUGUAGUUUGGAAUUUGCUUAUUUUCUUGAUCUUAGUUGUAGUUUUGGUCAAACUUUAUUGAUGGUUGAUUAAGGUUUUGGAGAGGUUGUUUUUCUGCAUAGAGAAUAUUGUACUUUGGAUAACAACUUUUGAUUUUCUGGAGAUUGAUUAUCUUAGAUGUAGAUAAAUUUUGUGUAUUUUUUGGCCUAUACAAUUGUGAAAUGGCAAAUUCUGCUGAACCAUCAUCAUCUAUAAGCUUUACUUCAACUUCCAACACAUCGAAUGGUGGGUCGAUUGACAUUGGCCAAAACACAUGUGCCUGUGGUGGCACUGAGACAGGGAGUAGUUAUGAAAUCAUCAGCUUGAGUAAACUCAGUAAUAAUUUAGAGCAACUCUUGUUGGAUUCCAGUACUGAUUUUAGUGAUGCUGAGAUUGUUGUUGAGGGUGUUUCAGUUGGUGUUCAUCGUUGUAUAUUAGCUGGCAGGAGUAAUUUUUUCCGGGAUCUUUUUAGGAAAGAAAAGGGGAAUUGUGGAAAGGAAGGUAAGCCAAGUUAUUCUAUGAUCGAUAUUUUGCCUUAUGGUAAGGUUGGAUAUGAAGCUUUUCGUACUUUUUUAAGCUAUUUGUACUCGGGGAAGUUGAAGCAGUUCCCUCCAGAGGCAUCAACAUGUGUGGACCCUUUAUGUGCCCAUGAUUCUUGCAGCCCAGCUAUCAAUUUUCAUGUCGAGUUGAUGUAUGCCUCUUACGUGUUUCAGGUUCCAGAGCUAGGGUCACUUUUUCUGCGACGCCUUAUCAAUUUUGUCGGGAAGGCUCUUGUGGAAGAUGUUAUCCCAAUACUUGGAGUUGCUUUCCAUUGCCAAUUGGACGAGCUUCUCACUCAUUGCGUUGAUAGAGUAGCGCGAUCAGAUCUUGAAAGCACAUGUAUUGAGAAGGAGGUUCCCUUUAAAGUUGCAGAGAGUAUUAAGUGUUUGCGGCUGAAAUGUCAGGGUGAUGAAAGCAAGGUUCUACCCAUGGAUCCCUUGCAUGAAAAGAGAAAAAAUAGGAUAUACAGGGCAUUGGAUUCGGAUGAUGUUGAACUUGUCAAGCUUCUACUUAACGAGUCUGACAUAAGUUUAGAUGAAGCCUAUGCUCUUCAUUAUGCUGUUGCAUAUUGUGAUCCCAAGGUUGUUACAGAGGUUCUUGGACUGGGUGUUGCUAAUGUCAACCUUCGAAAUACACGUGGUUACACUGUGCUUCACAUUGCUGCCAUGCGUAAGGAACCAUCAAUUAUUGUAUCACUUUUGACUAAGGGAGCUCAUGCAUCGGAGAUUACAUUGGAUGGGCAGAGUGCUGUUAAUAUCUGUAGGAGGCUGACUAGGCCUAAGGAGUACCAUGCCAAAACCGAACAAGGCCAGGAAGCAAACAAAGAUCGGGUAUGUAUUGAUGUUUUGGAGAGAGAGAUGCGUCGCAACCCAAUGGCAGGAGAUGCCUUACCCAUGUUGGCCGAUGAUCUGCCCAUGAAACUGCUCUACCUGGAAAACAGAGUGGCAUUCGCACGGUUAUUGUUCCCUCUUGAAGCCAAACUAGCCAUGGAAAUUGCAAAUGCUGAGACAACAGCUGAAUUUGCGGACCAUUUGACAUCCAAAGGUUCAUCUGGAAACUUGAGGGAGGUUGAUCUGAAUGAGACACCCUUAAUGCAAAAAGAGAGACUCUCAAAGACAGUUGAGCUUGGCAGACGCUAUUUUCCUCAUUGCUCUCAAGUUCUGGAUAAGUUUAUGGAGGAUGACUUGCCCGACUUAUUUUUCCUUGAGAAGGGCACUCCAGAGGAACAAAAGAUCAAGAGGAGGCGAUUUAAGGAGCUCAAACAUGAUGUUCAAAGGGCAUUUAACAAAGACAAGGCUGGACUUCAUUGCUCUGGCUUGUCUUCAUCAUCAUCUUCCACCUCUUUUAAAGACGGUACAAGUAUCAAAGUCAGGAAACUAUGAUAGUAACUAGGUUUUGUCCUACAAGUUGUUUGUAAACUCAGUUUUGGAUGUAAGAAUAAUAGCCUUUGAAACACCUACCUUGUAAAACCUUCAUUAGAGUGCCUGCUCUAUCGUUGACCAUUUUCAUAGUUCAUCUUGUUAAACUUGCUUGUUUACAGUAGAAAUAAAGUUGCAUAAGAACACGAUUGUAGAAAUAUUAAUGAUGUGGAAAUGAUUCACGUAUAUGGGGAA